UGGCUGACCAGCGGUCAUUAACAGCUAUUUGAUUGGUGGACGGGGUCUCUUGCUGACCCAUGGAUGCUCAGAAGCGGCAAGGAGAGGAAAAGGAGUGCCAGCCUCGGCCAGGAACAACAGAAGUACCGGCUUCAGGAUGAAGAUGUCACCUCUCCAGCACCACGCGGAACUCCCCCUCACCACAGGGGGGCGCCAGAGCAUGGAGCGGCACCUGAGCUGGUCCAGGUGUCAGAGAAGAACAUCUCCCAGAUCCAGAAUGUCCACGGAUAUGUCUCCCACUCACACAUCUCGCCUACGAGGGUAGAGUCUCUGGACUUUGACGAGCCGUCUGGUGGAGAGGAGGCCCCAGCCCCACCCUUCUCCUCGCUGUAUGCUCACAGCCACACCCUCCAGCAGGCAAGUCCAGCACCAGUGGUGGUGAACACAGAGAGCCUAGACGCGCCUUACAUAGACUCGCCUCCUUACGUCAAUGGAACAGACGCAGAGUACGAGUUUGAGGAAAUCACUCUGGAACGGGGGAAUUCCGGCCUGGGCUUCAGUAUAGCGGGAGGGACAGACAAUCCUCAUAUAGGAGAUGACCCCAGCAUCUUCAUCACCAAGAUCAUCAGUGGGGGGGCCGCAGCCAUGGACGGACGCCUCAAGGUGAAUGACUGCAUUCUGAGUGUGAAUGAUGUGUGUGUGCGAGAGGCGACGCACAGUCAGGCGGUGGAUGCCCUCAAAGAGGCCGGUGCCAUCGUCAGACUCUACGUACGACGACAGAAAUACCUGAGCCACAAAAUCGUUGACAUCAAACUCAUCAAAGGACCAAAAGGUCUGGGCUUCAGUAUUGCUGGUGGUCUGAGUAACCAGCACAUCCCCGGAGACAACAGCAUCUACGUCACAAAGAUCAUCGAGGGGGGAGCGGCACACAGAGACGGAAGACUACAGACGGGCGACAAACUACUGGCAGUAAACUGUGCGUGUCUGGAGGAGGUGACCCACGAGGAGGCUGUGGCUGCGCUGAAGAGCACACCUGAUGUGGUUUACCUGAAAGUGGCCAAACCCUCCAGCGUAGUCAUGAGCGACAGCUCUGCCCUGCCGGACAUCACCAGCACAUAUUCCCCCCACGGGGACAGCUAUAUUAGCCCCCCUGGACACCUGACGCCCCCCACACCUGGACACUACUCCCCCCUCCCCACAGGCAUGCUGGGAGAGGAGGACAUCCCAAGAGAUCCUCGUCGCGUGGUACUGCAUCGGGGCAUGACGGGCCUGGGCUUCAACAUCGUGGGAGGGGAGGACGGAGAGGGCAUCUUCAUCUCCUUCAUCCUCACGGGAGGCCCAGCUGAUCUGAGCGGAGAACUGAGGAAAGGAGACCGCAUCCUCUCUGUAAAUGGUGUGGACCUCCACAGAGCCACUCAUGAACAGGCAGCAGCAGCCCUGAAGAAUGCUGGACAGACGGUCACCAUCACAGCGCAGUACUGUCCACAGGGAGACUUCUUGCUCGUCUCUUCUGCGUUCCCCGACGUGUAUUACAGCCGUUUCGAAGCGAAGAUCCAUGACCUCCGGGAGCAGAUGAUGAGCAGUGCAGUUUCCUCUGCUUCCGGGUCGCUACGCACCAGUCAGAGGAAGAGCUUCUAUGUCAGAGCUCUGUUUGACUAUGAUUCGCGGAGGGACUCGAGAGGUGCAUCCCCAACGCUGGACUUCCGUUUCGGCGACAUACUGCAUGUGGUGAACGCCGUGGACGAGGACUGGUGGCAGGCCAGACGUGUCACUGCCCACGGAGAGGAGGAGGACGUCGGGGUCAUCCCCAGCAAGAGGAGGGUGGAGCUGCAGGAGCGUUCGCGGUUAAAGACGGCCAAAUCUAAAUCCAGAGAGAAAGGGACCAGCCAUGAUGACAGAGGCCUGAAGCAUGUCACCUUUAACUCCAGUGAUAGUGACAGUAGUUACCAUGGCAAUUGUGGUCAGGAGGAAUGUUUCUCUUAUGAAACAGUAUGUCAGCAGGAGGCAGUGAGCUACAUGCGUCCUCUGAUCAUCCUGGGACCAAUGAAAGACCGGAUCAACGAUGACCUCAUCACAGAGUUCCCCGACAAGUUUGGGUCCUGUGUCCCUCACACUACUCGGCCACGGCGGGACUAUGAGGUGGACGGUCAGGACUACCACUUUGUGAUGUCACGGGAGCAGAUGGAGAGGGACAUUCAGGAGCAGCGGUUCAUCGAGGCCGGCCAGUAUAACUCACACCUGUACGGAACCAGCAUCCAGAGCGUUAGAGAGGUGGCAGAGAAGGGUCAGCACUGUAUUCUGGACGUGUCAGGGAAUGCCAUCCAGAGACUGCAGCAAGCUCAGCUCAACCCAAUUGCCAUCUUCAUCAAGCCCAAAUCUGUGGAAAAUGUCCUGGAGCUAAAUAAACGGCAGUCAGAGGAUCAGGGACGUAAAACCCUGGAGAGAGCCAUGAGGCUGGAACAGGAGUUUACUCCACACUUCACAGCGAUGGUGCAGGGUGACACCCUAGAGGAGGUGUACAGCCACGUGAAGCAGAUCAUCCAGGAGCAGUCGGGACACUACAUCUGGGUGCCCACCUAGGACAAGCUGUGACUCCCCCAGACUACAACUCCCAGACUGCAUUUCACUGGCUACACUUCAGCACACAGACUACAUGUCCCAGACUGCAUUUCACAGGCCGCACAUCAGCACACAGACUACAGCUCCCAGACUGCACUUCACAGGCACAGGCACAUCAGCAAAUAAACAGGUCACAGUGUACAUGUCCCAUACUACAUAUCCCAUACUGCAUUUCACAUACUACAUAUCCCAUACUACAGUCCCACACACUAUACUAUAUAUUACAUGCUACAAGUCACAUACUACAGGUCACAUACUAUAGGUCACAUACUGCAUAUCACAUUCUAAAGGUCCCAUACUACAUAUCACAUACUAAGGUCACACACUACCCAUCACAUACUACAUAUCGCAGGACAUACUACAUAUCACAUUCUGAGAUCACAUACUACAUGUCACAUACGAAGGUCACAUAUCACAGGUCACAUACUACAGAACACACAUACUACAGGUCACAUAUCACAAAUCACAUACUACACCAGAAAGUACACAUAACAUGCUACAUGUCACAUACUAUGUGUCACAUACUACAUGUCAGCCCACAUGUUAAAUACUAUGUGUCAGACUACACGCCUUCAUUUCUGUUUUACUGAGUUGGUCUAACUCACAACUGCCCCAUAUCGUUCUCUAUUGCUUCCUUUUAUUACACCUCUCUCUAUCCCUUAUUUCUCUCUCUCUUUUAUUACACCUCUCUCUAUCCCUUAUUUCUCUCUCUCUUUUAUUACACCUCUCUCUAUCCCUUAUUUCUCUCUCUUUUAUUACACCUCUCUCUUUCUCCUUUUCUACUCCUUCCUUGUAUCAUAACUUUCUCAAUUAUUAUUGCUCUCAUUCUACCAAUUAUCUUUUAUUCUUUUCCUCUAACUUAUCUUUCUCUUAGCUCUCUCCCCUAUUUUAUUCUCUCUCUCUCUCUCUCUCUCUCUCUUUCCCCAUGUCUCUCUCUCCCAGGCUGCCCUGUGUGCUGUUAUGUUAUUGUAUGAUUCCUUAAUGUUUAAGGGAGGAGGGAACUGUUGUUUACUGAUGGCAUUAUUAGAUUUUUUCUUUUCUUUUUUUAAAUAACAGAAGUAAUACCUUGUAUGAUUUGGUGCACUAAAAAAGUUCUGAAGCAUAACUUUGCACGUUGAGCAUGUUUAGACUCAUUUCUCCAUUGCUAUGUUGGUUUUCUCUCAAAUGUAUUUUUUCAGAGAUGUGUUAUCUAAGAGAAAUGUAUCAAUGGCACACUCUUUCUUUGUAUCAUCUUUUACUUCCAUGUGGACUAGGACAUGGAAUACUCACUCUCUCUCUCUCUCUCUCACACACACACACACACACACACACUCACACGCAGAGGGUUGUUUCUCUGUGCUCUGCAUUGCAUUCCUCUCUAGCGACUCUUCCAUUCAUGAUUGUGUUAUCAAGUAAAGGUGCUUUAGCUACGAUCUGACACACAUCACUGAAUGAUGCUACAGGUGUUUUUGUGCUCAUGGGAAAGAGAGCACCAAUGCAAAAAUUGAAGUGAUUCAUUGUACACUAAGAAACUGAACAGAUAUUUAACCAUCAGUAAACUGCCUAUUUUGUUAUAAUAAAACACUAAUUACGCUUUA